AUCUGUGUCUCUACCAAGGCUUCCGUAGAGCGCUGAAUGUCAGACAGCUGAGCGGCUGGAAGUCAGUGAGUGCAUUACAGCUGUUUACAAGGAGUUAAUAACCCGCAGUGUUUGACAACACACUCGGUCUGGACUAAGAGUUUAUCUGUUUAUCGGAUUUAAUUUAAUUUGACAAUGAGUUCGAGCAGUAACUGGUCUGCAGAUGAGAAUCAGUCCUCUAAAUUAGUGAGGAAAGCUAAAGAGUCUCCGUUUGUCCCUAUAGGAAUGGCGGGCUUCCUCGGAGUCGUGGCGUAUGGACUGUACAGGCUGAAGUCUCGUGGGGAAACCAAGAUGUCUGUCCAUCUGAUCCACAUGCGGGUCAGGGCUCAGGGCUUCGUCGUCGGUGCCAUGACACUCGGUGUGAUAUACUCGAUGUACAAGGAAUACCUGGCGCCUGAUAGGAAGCAAACCUGAAGCCCUGCCUCCAGGACUCAUUAAUCUCAGUUCAUUAUUUAUUCACCUGUGAUUAAACACACUUUAUUUUAGGUAAUCAACAGAGAGAUAUAAAACAUACACAUAUGUUUCAUUUUUAAAUAAAACUAAAGCUCAUUGCUUCAUGGAUCUGUAGGACUCCAGAAGUAUUGGCACUUUCAAUC